AGGUUGCUGUCAUUAUUAAAAUGUGGCUCUUAUGGAUUGGAGGACUUUUACACUGCCUUUUAGGGGCUGUAUAUGGUGACGUGGUAUGCUUUGACAAUAUUGGCUGCUUCUCUGAUGAGAUGCCAUGGAGUGGCACUACUGAAAGACCCAUUGCACGCCUACCAUGGAGCCCUGAGAAGAUCAAUGCCCGCUUUCUUCUUUUCACACGACAGAACCCUGAUUCCCAUAUGGAAAUCAGUACAAAUGCAGAUGUUAUUUCAAGGUCUACAUAUCAACCAAAUAGAACGACACGUUUUAUAACCCAUGGCUUUAUUGACAAAGGAGAUGAGAAUUGGCUUAUUGACAUGUGUAAGCUUAUGCUGAGCAUUGAGGAUAUAAACUGUAUUUGUGUGGACUGGAAAUCUGGCUCAAGAACACUGUACACACAAGCAGCAAAUAACAUUCGAGUGAUUGGAGCUCAGAUAGCUUAUAUGAUUUCCAUCUUUGGGGAAAAUUUCCAGCAAAAACCUGAAAAUGUGCACAUUAUUGGGCACAGCCUGGGUGCACACAUGGCUGCAGAGGCUGGUCGAAGGACACCGAGGCUGGGAAGAAUUACAGGUUUGGACCCAGCUGAACCUUAUUUUCAGGGCUGUCCUACUCUGGUAAGACUGGAUCCAAGCGAUGCCCUGUUUGUCGAUGCCAUUCACACAGAUGCACUUCCUGUGGUUCCAUACCUAGGGUUUGGAAUGUCUCAAGCUGUUGGCCACCUUGACUUUUACCCAAAUGGAGGAGAUAGCAUGCCUGGCUGUGAAAAGAAUAUAAUCUCACAAAUUGUGGACAUUGAUGGCAUUUGGGAAGGUACUCGUGAUUUUGUUGCUUGUAAUCAUCUGAGAUCUUACAAGUACUAUAGUGAUAGCAUCCUAAACCCCCAAGGCUUUCUAGGAUACCCCUGUUCUAACUACGACAUGUUUGAGUCUGGGCAGUGCUUCCCAUGUACUUCCACCAAUAAAUGUCCUUAUAUGGGUCACCAUGCUGACCAAUUUAAAGUGCCCAAUGGAGUGAAUAAGAUGAAGUUUCAGCUGAACACAGGCGAUGCUCGGCCCUUCUCACUUUAUCGCUACAGGGUGACAGCCACUAUUGAUGGCUCUCGAACCAACUUAGGAAACUUCAAAGUGGCUUUAUAUGGUGUUCAAGGAAAUACUCGCCAGUAUCAGAUUUACAAAGGCAUGAUGUCACCUGGUAAAACCUAUCAGCUCCUCAUUGAUGUUGAAAAGGAAGUCGAUGACUUGACUUAUGUUAAGUUUAUAUGGAAUAAUAGUGUAUUAAACCCUUUGCUGCCCAAGUUUGGUGCCACUAAAAUAACAGUACAGAGAGGACGGGACGGAAAAAUGUUCCAGUUCUGUGGUAAAAAUAUGGUACGAGAGAAUAUCCUUCAGACUCUGUCUCCCUGCAAGUGAUGUAAAUUCAGAUCAUAAGAUUUUAUGCUACAGAUCUACCAUCCCAAUAAAGCAUCUACCUUA